AAACCGGUUUGAGCGGAGGCGCUUCCUACCGCUCUGCGCUGCCGCGGAUCGCCUGGAGGAGCGCUGGCGAGGUGUGGACGGCGGGCGCCCGGCACCGCAGCCUGCGGCCCUCGCUCUCCGGCGCGGCGGUGCCGCGGACCGCUGACCCGGGGACUCGGCAGCAAGACAUCCUAAAACAAAUCCAUCAAAAUGACACCUUCUCAAGUUACCUUUGAAAUAAGAGGAAAUCUUUUACCAGGCGAAGUUUUUGCGAUAUGUGGAAGUUAUGAUGCUUUGGGAAACUGGAAUCCACAAAAUGCUGUGGCUCUUCUUCCAGAGAACGAGACUGGUGAAAGCAUGUUAUGGAAAGCAACCAUUAAACUCACUAGAGGCAUAUCAGUUCAAUAUCGCUACUUCAGAGGGUGCUUUUUAGAACCAAAGACUAUCGGUGGUCCAUGUCAAGUCAUAGUUCACAAGUGGGAGACUCAUCUACAACCACGAUCAAUAACCCCUUUAGAAAAUGAAAUUAUUAUUGAUGAUGGACAAUUUGGAAUCCACAAUGGUGUUGAAACUCUGGAUUCUGGGUGGCUGACGUGUCAGACUGAAAUAAGAUUACGUUUGCAUUAUUCUGAAAAACCUCCAGUCUCAAUAACCAAGAAAAAAUUUAAAAAGUCUAGAUUUAGGGUAAAGCUUACACUAGAGGGUCCAGAGGAAGAUGAUGAUGAUAGGGUGUCUCCCACUCUUCUUCACAAAAUGUCCAAUACCUUGGAGAUAUCUUUAAUAAGUGACAAUGAGUUCAAGUGCAGGCAUUCACAGCCAGAAUGUGGUUAUGGCUUACAGCCUGAUCGCUGGACAGAGUAUAGCAUACAGACAAUGGAACCAGAUAACCUGGAACUAAUCUUUGAUUUUUUUGAGGAAGAUCUCAGUGAACAUGUAGUUCAGGGUGAUGCCCUUCCUGGACAUGUGGGCACAGCCUGUCUCUUAUCAUCCACCAUUGCGGAGAGUGGGAAGAGUGCUGGAAUUCUUACUCUUCCCAUCAUGAGCAGAAAUUCCAGGAAAACAAUAGGCAAAGUGAGAGUUGACUUUAUCAUUAUUAAGCCAUUACCAGGAUACAACUGUGACAUGAAAUCUUCAUUUUCUAAGUAUUGGAAGCCAAGAAUACCACUGGAUGUUGGACACAGAGGUGCAGGGAACUCGACAACAACUGCCCAGCUGGCUAAAGUUCAAGAAAAUACUAUUGCUUCUUUAAGAAAUGCUGCUAGUCAUGGUGCAGCCUUUGUAGAAUUUGAUGUUCACCUUUCAAAAGACUUUGUGCCUGUGGUAUAUCAUGAUCUCACCUGUUGUUUGACCAUGAAGAAGAAGUUUGAUGCUGAUCCAGUUGAAUUGUUUGAAAUUCCAGUAAAGGAACUAACAUUUGACCAACUCCAGUUGUUAAAGCUUGCCCAUGUGACUGCAUUAAAAUCUAAAGAUCGACAAGAAUCUAUGAUUGAGGAAGAAAAUUCCUUUUCUGAAAAUCAACCAUUUCCUUCUCUUAAGAUGGUUUUAGAGUCUUUGCCAGAAGAUGUAGGGUUUAACAUAGAAAUUAAAUGGAUCUGCCAACAAAGGGAUGGAAUGUGGGAUGGUAACUUAUCAACAUAUUUUGACAUGAAUAUGUUUUUGGAUAUAAUUUUAAAAACUGUUUUAGAAAACUCUGGAAAGAGGAGAAUAGUCUUUUCUUCAUUUGAUGCAGAUAUUUGUACAAUGGUUCGGCAGAAGCAGAACAAAUAUCCCAUAUUAUUUUUGACUCAAGGAAAAUCUGACAUUUACCCUGAACUUAUGGAUCUCAGAUCUCGGACAACCCCCAUCGCAAUGAGCUUUGCACAGUUUGAAAAUCUUCUGGGGAUUAACGCACAUACUGAAGACCUGCUCAGAAAUCCGUCCUAUAUCCAAGAGGCAAAAGCUAAGGGACUAGUCAUAUUCUGCUGGGGUGAUGAUACCAAUGACCCUGAAAACAGAAGGAAAUUGAAGGAAUUUGGAGUUCAUGGUCUAAUUUAUGAUAGGAUAUAUGAUUGGAUGCCUGAACAACCAAAUAUAUUCCAAGUGGAGCAGUUGGAACGCCUGAAGCAGGAAUUGCCAGAGCUUAAGAGCUGUUUAUGUCCCACUGUUAGCCACUUUGCUCCCUCCUCUUUGUGUGGGGAGACUGGUAUCAAUGGCAUUGAUAAUGUGGAGAAUGCUUAGUUUUUAUUGCAUAGGCCAUUUUGGGGCAUGCACCGCUGUUCUGGAUAAUCAGUUUUCAUCAUUGAGCAUUGUUUAUGCCUUUUGGGUUUCUCAGUCCAAUGAAGCAAUAAUGAAGUAUUUCACUCUUUCACUACAGUUCUUGAAAAAAUUUCAAAUAUGCUAUUUAAAUCACUUGGCCAGGUAUAAUUUCCAGUCAGUCUCUAGACAAGGAGAAAAUUUAUUGUUUGGUAAAUAUUUUUAAACUAAAUAUUUAAGCCUAUAAUGUUAAACAAAUCUUCAUUAAAAGCAUAGACUUUGAAAUUAACUAUAUAAAUAUUUCAUAUUUACUCUUAGAGCUUUUCAUUUGAUCAGGUCUGAAAUCUUUAGCACUUGAUGAAAGUGACUACGCAUAAUUAUACCUGACCAUGGAACAAAUAAGUACCUCAAAUGCAUGCAUUUGCACUGGUGAUUCCAGCUGCACAAAUGUUUGUGCCAUCUGUGUAUAUAGGUAUUUUUUACAUGGAUUGACAUACACAUACACCAUUUUCAUUCAGUUUAAACCUUGAGGCUGCUGCCAUUUCCCUCACUUAACCAAACCAGCCUGGAGGUGAGCCUUGAAACUCAUUUCAUUUUUCAAAAGUUGUUUUGCAUAAAUGUUAAAAUCUCAAAAUGCUGCAGGGUAAUUUAAUGUAUAAAAUAUUAGAAGUAUGUGUUACAUAUGUAGUAGAGUAGAUCACAAUAUAUAAAUUUGAUUCAAUGCAUGCUUUAGGUUUUGAGCAUGAAAUUAUACAUGUUUACUAUUAAGUCCUUGCAUCUGUGGUGCUAGGGAAGUGUGAGAAGAUGUCAAGGACUGAAAAUAUUUUGUUGCCUAAAACAAAAAACAACAACAAAAAAAACUAAGGCAUUUAAAGUAUGCUUAUUUUAGGAGUCUCUCACUACCUAUUUCACACUGUUGCUUUGUGGGUUUAUUUUGUGUGCAUAUUGUACAGUAGUUAAAUGUCCAUGCAGAAAAAUAAAUGUCCUAGAUUCUUACAUUGAUUUUCUUUAUUGGUUAAUAUAUAUCAUGCAUGUAAUUUAUUUAGAAAUGUGGAAGAUCUUACUGAGUGUAUAUGCAUGUUUUUAAGAUUAUACUAAGGUUGCUUUCAUUAGAAGCAGAUUGUAUUGACAUCUGUAACUUAAGAAUGAAUGUUAAAUAAAAUGACAGAUUUAUUUUCUUCAUUAUAAAA